AUUUUGUAAUAUUUUAUAGUUUUUACAUCAGGCAACACUUUCAAUCGAAUUUUGUUCUUCGAACUGCACAGAACUUUAUUUGGAACAUAGUAGGACUAGCUAUUGACAAAUACAUGUGCUUUAUUUCAAAUUGUCAUGCCUACACAUUAUUUCGUCUUAGUCAUUAAGAACCACGUGUUUCACUUUGUUUAAUCAUUUUUGAAACAGUCGUCAUUGAAGGAGAACGAAUAAAAUCAUAAAUAUGAAAAUGGAAAGUGAAACAGCGUCAUUUCGUCUACCUUCUGAUGCUUUUACCUUUGGCACGGACCUUUAUAGUUUUGCUUUGGAAUCUGUGGAGAAAGAAUCCCUGCUACCUUUAUUAAAAGAUGAAUUACGCUGUAAAAUACAGACCAAACGACUUUCUCAAGGAAUGGAAGAACUGAAAGUAGAUUUCCAAAUGAAACCACAAGCACCUCUGACAGCUGAAGAAAUACAAAAACAAGAGAACAGAAAACUUCUGAACAGGGAAUCGGCAAAGAAAUGUCGAAGGAAGAAAAAGACAGUUUAUCAAAACGUACAACAGGAAUUGAAGUCAUUGAUAGAUGAAAAUAGACAUUUAAAAGAACAAAUUCGUUGCAUCGAAGCUGAAAAGGAAUUUUUCUUGUCAAACAUUCUAAGAGAUCCAGUAAUAUCUGAAGUGUUAUCAGACUUCUCAAAAUCAUUCGAUAAUAAUUUGACUGAUAUCAAAAAUGAGAUUAUAUAUGUACAAAACUGAUAAAGUGUAUAUUCAAGAGUUGGACCCAUAGUGCUUUCAUGGAGGAAUAUUCAUAUUUUCAAACAAACAAUUCAGGGGAAAAUCAUGUAAAUUGAUUACUAGUUAUUUGUGUUUUGUAUUAAUUUAUUAUAUUUGUGAAAUAAUCAAAUGAUCUAUGCAGCUAUUUAUUGAUAUAUUUUUUUUACAGUGAAAAUCUAUAUAAAUCAAACAUUUUCCAAAGUGUGCAGAUAGUUUUUUUUAACCACUCAUUCCUAAAUACAGCUACUAUGAUAAGAGAUAAAAAUCAAAACUGACGAAAAGUUAAUUAGUAAAAGCUAGUUACAAGAUGGUGGGCACUUCAACUAAAAUCUGUUCCUUAAAGAAUGGAUUGAGCACACUUUGGAUCAUGUUUUUUUUCAAUAUAUUUUUGUAUGUUUUUACAUUAGUAUGGUUGUUGUUGAUAGAGUAAUUUGUAAAUAAUUAUGCAUUUUGUCGUAACUUAAAUUAUAUGGUUUUAUGAUAUCUCCAUAAAGGUUUGUUAAGAUAUACGAUUCUUUUUGGGAGGUAACAUAAUAUUGUUUGAAUACUUUGAAAAUUAUACAUUAAAAUGUAAUGCAAUAGUCAGAAUCUUAAUCCAUUAUAUAUUACUUGUCUAUCAUUUACUUAUGAUAAUGAGGACAUCAAUAUAUCCGUUAUAAAAUGUAAAUAUAGUGUAUCAUGUCAACACCUAUGACGUUAUCAAUAACUGAUCUAUUUUAAGCAUAAAAAGUCCAAUAUCUAAUUAUAGGAUUAGUCUAUUGUAUCAUUUACAACAUGCACCAAAUGUGGCAUUUCAUGGUUUAUUAUAUCUUCAAUUCUAUCAAACACUUUAACGCUAUUUAAAAAUGUAUCACUAAUUUUGAAUGGUAGAAUAAAUUUUACAUUCCAAUCAAUUACUCAUUUAUAAUCAGUACUCAAUAAUGUAGUUACUCAGACAAUGGUAUUAUUCAUCAUCAUUAGGUAAGCCUACGAUAAUAAUUAUAUAUUUCAUACUUUUAUCAGUAAUGCAAAAGUUACUGACAGGUAAGCAAAGCUUUAUUAUAGAUGUCCGAAAUAAUUUGUUAACGUUAUAGAUGUCCGAAAUAUUAUGUAAAUGUUAUAAGCAAUGCUUUAUUAUAUAUGUCCAAAAUAAUUUGUAAAUGUUAUAAGCAAAGCUUUAUUAUUGAUAUCCGAAACGAUUUGUAAAUGUUAUAAGAAAGGCUUUAUUAUUGAUGUCAGAAAUCAUU